CUAGCAGCUAGCCCACCGUUAGCAUUCAUUCGGACGCUACCUGCCCAUCAACACGGAAACUAACCCGGUUCGGGCUCUCCUUCCUCCAGCGGGACACUUUCUCCGGCACCGGCCUUGUCUUACACCUCCUUCUCCUCCUCCCGGUUGUCCCCGGCUCUCCGUCCUCCUGGUCCGGACCAGUCGUUGAAAACAUGUCGGCGGUGCAGCGGAUGAAAGUAGCGAACGAGCGGCACAGCAAGACGAUCACACAGCGGGGACACGUCCAGAAAACAUCGCGGCCAGUAAACGAUGAUAAGUCUCCAGUGGGGCCGUGGCUGCUCGCCCUGUUCGUCUUCGUGGUUUGUGGAUCAGCCAUCUUCCAGAUCAUCCAGAGCAUCAGGCAGGGCAUGUGAUGACCUUUGAACCCGGUGCUGAGGCCUGUCACAUGGAGGGGGGGACAACGCAACCAUACACACACACACACACACACACACACACGCACAGACACACUCUUGUUCCUGUGGAGUUUAAAUCUGAGCUCAUUUUUCUUCCCACUGUAAACCAACCUGUCUCUCUCUCUCUCUCUCCCUCUCUGCAGUAAACCCUUUGUUUUUGUUUAUUUUUUACUUUCUUCACUGCUGAUGAAGCUGAUCAGAUAUUGGUUAUUGAUUGCUGUUGAAGUCUUAAACCAUCUUCCUCAGUCUGCUGCCGUCGUCCAGCUGAUUUUGAUUCUCUGCUGUGAAAUGUUGGUCUCUGCUGGUUUUUAUUUUCCUCUGAGUUAAAGGAACAAACGUCUGUUUUUAUCUCAUAAGCUACGAAUCCUGUGAACGCUGCUCGUUUCAGAUUCAGCUGCUGCCUGAUUUACCUCAGUGGCAGUUUAUUUGGGACAAGCUUCAGUUUAAUGUCUAUUUCCACAGCUCUAAUUCAGCAGAUGUGAAAGUCAACACUUCCUCCAGAAUUUGCACAUCUGCCUGCCGUUAAUAGGUGGGCUUUUACUGUGAAAGAACACCAAGAAGUGUUGAGUUUUGUUGACGUAACUUAACACGGAUCAGGGGCACGACAAAGGAGAAAUAACUGGAGUUAAUGGUGACGAGUCUGUGCUGUGGACAGAAACAUUACGCUGCAUUGACCAUGUGAGCUGCUGCAGCCACAGCUUUUAUUUUGUAGGAGGAUGAGCGGUGAUCUGUAUGACACACUCGGAUGCUGGAGCAUCAGAUCUUUUACCUGCUGCUUCCUGCUGGCGUCUGGAACAAUAACAUUUACUGUUAAAACAGAUUUAAACAGUUUUAAAAGUCUGAUUGUGGUUUGAACUGUUUCCCCUGAACGCAGCAUGAACACAAAGUGUCUGUGUGUGCGAGACUUCAUCUCCACAUUUAAAGCACAGCACCCUCCAGUGACACCCUGCGCGUUGGGAUUUAACAAUAGAAAUGUGAAUGAGUUUCCUCACAGACACAACAUGUGGACGUGUGUGAUUUAAAGGAGCUGCACUUCAUAUCCAGCUGUUUGGUCACAAACAGACAGAGCAGAGAAGAGAAACAUGAAGAAGACUCACCUUCAAAUCUGCUUCAUUCAGAAUGAAAUAAAACAAAAUGAAUUGAGCUUUAAAGUGAGUUUCUGCGGGUUUUCGUGGUGUUUCAAAAUAAGACGUCUGCAAGGAUUAAAAAAAGAAAAUAUGACGGUUUAAACAGAAAUAAAACAAAGCUUGAAAAUGUUUGAAAAAUAAACAGGAAGUGAAAUUUACAGCAGUGAUGGACAGAACAGGAUUUGUUUUUAAUGAGCUAAAACCAGCUGUUUAGUCUUUUUUUUUUAGUCAAACGUUUUAAUUUGUAAAAACAUCCCAGAAUACUUUGUCUCCUCCAGUUUCCUGUUUGUCAGGAAGAUAAAAAACCCUCUGAAGCAGAAUCCAGUUGUUUUGAUGUAAAUAAUUGAAACCAGAUUCUCAGUAAUCAGACUGAGCAGAGGAGAGGAGACGCUCCGUCAUCAGAAGCAGCUCCACCAACAUUUCCACAGAGGGGACGACACCUGCAGGUUUUUAAAGCAGCUGGUGGUUUAGUUUUUGAAAGGUGAAGCAGUCAGAGAGGCUCACAGCUCAGCGAGCCUCCUGCUGGACGACAUGCUCCGCUUUUAUACAAAAUAAACCACAUAUUUUUCUCUAAACGCC